AUGGUUAUAACCUUCCUAAUGAAAGGUUACACUGGUUGUGUAAGGUUAUGUUAUAUCAGUAACAUGUAGUUAGGGUUUUAAUUUACAAUUUUUUUUGUGUAAUUUUAAUUGUAAUUAAUAAAAUGAAUUUACCAAGAACUACUCUUCUUUUAAAGAAGAUCACUAGAGAUACUCCUCUUGACGUGCCCAUAAAUGUAAGAUGUUUACACCUUACUGAUAUUAAUCUUAAAAAGCAAGCAGGUCGCUACAAAAAAACUCCUAGAGGUGAUAAACCUCUAACUUAUGAGAUGGCCUAUGCACCCCAUAGAAUAGCUCAUUAUAAAUCAUGGAAUUCUUGGAACACAGCAAAUUUAUUGGAUGGUCUCAGACCAGCUGAAACAUUACAAGAAGAUGCUUUCAUUAGGAAAUUUAUGACAGGUACUUGGCAUAGACUUUUCCUUUCUGAAAUAAUAAUUAAAAGGCAACACAAUCUGAUUAGAAUAGCAGGUAUCAUUCACCAAGCAAUCCCUCCAAGAAAGUUAUAUUUUCUGAUUGGCUAUACAGAAGAACUUCUUGCUUAUUGGUUACAGUGCCCUAUUAAAUUAGAAUUACAAACAGUGCCUAAUAGAAGUGAUGUUACUUUUAAAUAUAUAUAACCAGUGAGUGUCCUCUAGUUUUUUAUUUUAUAUCAACUGUAUAUAUUACUUAUAUCUGUUAGAAAGAAGAUUAUUGUAGAAGAAAAGGUCUCAAAAUAAAAAAUAACUGUUUUUG